AUGAAGAUAUUCCACAUGAUUCAUUUGAGUCCUAUAAGCAAUCCCGUCGUCGGCUUGCAUGUUCGCAAGCUGAUGACCGCAGCUACAUGGAUCCUUAUUGCGCUACCUCUCUCCUGUAGCUACCCUGCCCUUGCCACCGGAACAGAGGCAGAUGCUCUUCGUCGCACUGGGUGGUGGCUUGACUUCCUUAUGAGCCACACUUCCGCGUCGCAUUGCACGUGGCCUGGCAUUUCGUGCAACGAUUCCGGAAGCGUCAUCGAAAUAAAUAUACAACGACGAGUCUACCACGCAACUAAUUUGAGCAAUGUGGAUUUCUCUGCGCUCCGCAAUCUCGCCUCUCUUCGGUUGUCUGAUAAUUACCUCCACGGUAUCAUUCCCCUCCAAAUAUGUGUACUCCCAAAGCUCAGGCACCUCGACAUGUCCCGCAAUUACCUAACUGGUGAGUUACCUAUUUGUCUCCCAAACCUUACCAUGCUAGAAGUCAUUGAUAUUCAGAGUAAUAAUAUCAGUAGUCGCAUCCCUCCUGAAUUGGGAAAUCUGAAGAAGCUAUGGUACCUAGAUCUCGGUUUCAAUUUGCUUCUUGGCCCUAUCCCUCCGACUCUUGGUCUCUUGUCUAAUUUGAUGCAUCUCGAUUUGGGGAGAAACCUUUUCAAUGGCUCUAUUCCUCUGGAAAUAGGGAAGUUGACAAACUUAGCAUACCCGAGCAUGGAAGGUAAUGAAUUCAAUGGAUCUAUCCCGUCAUCAAUAGGUAAUUUGAAGAGCCUAAUUGAGUUGAGGCUGCGCUUAAACUCCUUCAAUGGCUCUAUUCCUCUGGAAAUAGGGAAGUUGACAAACUUAGCAUAUCCGAGCAUGCAAGGUAACGAAUUCUAUGGAUCUAUCCCGUCAGCAAUAGGUAAUUUGAAGAGCUUGAUUGAGUUGAGGCCGUGCUCAAACUCCUUCACCGGCCCUAUUCCUCCGGAAAUAGGGAAGUUGACAAACUUAGCAUAUCCGAGCAUGGAAGAAAACGAAUUUAGUGGAUCUAUCCCAUCAGCAAUAGGUAAUUUGAAGAGCCCGAUUGAGUUGAGGCCGUGCUCAAACUCCUUCACCGGCCCUGUUCCUUCAUCUCUAGCACAUUUAACUAGCUUGAGGGUUCUAGAUUUACGUAACAAUGAAUUCGACGGAGCUAUUCCAUUGAAAUUAGGAAAUUUGAAGAGUCUCACUCAUCUCGAUUUGAGCUCUAACUACUUCUCCGGAAAAAUUCCUCAUGAACUUGGGAGUUUGGUCAUGUUAAACUAUCUCGAUCUUCAUAAUAAUUCUCUUCACGGUUCAAUUCCCAAUUUUAAAAAGCUUUUCAGCUUAGAGUACAUUGAUUUGUCGUGCAAUCAUCUCACGGGGGAAAUUCCAAUUAAUCUGUUCAAUGUCCGUGAAAGAGAUUUCCAUAGCCAUAGUUUGGGAGGGACUGAUGGUUCUAGAAGAGCGUCCACGGUUACGCUAAUGGUGGGAUUGAUACCGCUGAUGGCUAUACCAGUCAUUUCCUGUUUGGUUCUUGCUUAUGGGCUCAUAUUUCGACGUAGAGUGAAGAGCAUGCAACCAGAGACAAUAGAAAAAAAUGGAGAUUUUUUGUCAAUCUGGAAUUAUGAUGGGAGAAUUGCAUAUGAAGACAUAAUCAAUGCAACAGAAGAUUUUGACAUUAAAUAUUGCGUCGGGACCGGCGAUUACGGUAGUGUCUAUAGAGCACAAUUGCCCAAUGGGAAAAUCGUGGCAUUGAAGAAACUUCACCGUCUUGAAGCAGAGGACCCAUCAUUUGACAAGAGCUUCCGGAACAAAGUGAAACACUUGAUUGAAGUACGACAUAGAAGCAUAAUUAAGCUCCAUGGUUUUUGCUUACACAAGCGAUGCAUGUUCUUGGUUUAUGAAUACAUGGAAAGGGGGAGUCUAUUUUGUGCUUUGAGAGAUGAAGUUGAAGCGGUGGAGCUAGAUUGGUCUAAAAGACUCAAUAUUGUUUGGGAUAUGGCACAUGCCUUGUCUUACCCGCAUCACGAUUGCGCUCGACCAAUUAUUCAUCGAGACAUAUCUAGCAACAACAUUUUGCUCGAUAACAAAAUGCAGGCUUUCCUAUCGGAUUUCGGCACGGCAAGACUCCUAGAACCUAAUUUCUCAUCGAAUCUCACUGCAAAUAUCGCAGGCACUCAUGGAUAUAUAGCACUGGAGCUCGCUUAUACUUUGGUCAUCAAUGAGAAGUGCGACGUAUACAGCUUUGGAGUGGUAGCAAUGGAAACAAUCAUGGGUGGGCAUCCGGCCGAUAUCAUCUUGAUAUUGUCGACGCUCUUUAGAGAAGAUAUUAUGCUACAUCAUAUAUUAGACCCACGCUUGCCAAUCCCAAGAGAGAAUUCUACCGCAAGAAGUAUCGUUCUGGUAGUUGCUCUAGCACUUGCUUGCUUAAGUAGCAAUCCAAAGUCUCGACCCACGAUGAAACAAGUUUCGGAAACUUUUCGAGCUCCAAAACUAGCGUUGCCCCAGCCCUUCCAUUCCAUCUCGCUUGCGCAGCUCCAAAAAAAUAAUCAAGGAGUAUGGUGGGAAGGUGGAUCAAGAGAAGCAUCGUCAAGCCUACAAGAAGAGCAAGGACCAUGAAGUACUUGCCCCAAUACAAGCAAUAAGUUUCCAUGGAAUGAAGAGUCGAUCGAUAAAAUGAUGGUGUAAAUUGGUGAACGCGAUUGAGGAUAUG